GGUGUAGCCACCGGAAGUCGAUGUUGUUAGGUCGCCAUUUUCAAUGUUUACAUUAUUGUAUCAUAAUCAACGUGCAUGUGGUCUAAUAAUUUACAACUCAAUUUGCUUCGUAAACUAAAGUAAGCAAUGGCUGAAGUGGAAGCAGCAGAACAACCUGCACCAAGCAAUACCUACGUUAUUAGACCCAACUUUCAGCAUAAGUUCCGUCCAGCUAUCGUGAAGGAAUGUAUUCACACAGUCCUCAAUGAACGCUUAGAUGGCAAGACGUACGACCCAGAAGAAAUAAUGGACUGGACAAAAUCAAUAGCAGACGAUAUCAAGAGCAGAUUGAAAGACAUGGGCUAUGACAGAUACAAAUUGAUUGUUCAAGUUGCAAUAGGUGAACAAAGAGGCGAAGGUGUCAAAAUGGGUGCCCGAUGCUUCUGGGAUUCAGAUACAGACAACUAUGCUCAGGACCUCUUUAUGAAUGACUCAUUGUUUUGUGUGGCAGCAGCAUUUGGUGUGUUCUACUAUUGACAUGCCCUUGGCAAGAUUUUGUGUCAAUUUCUAUAUAAAGCAGUAGCUACAUGUAUCUAUUUCAUCAAACAGCAGUGUUUGUUACAAGUGGAAUAUUUUAUGACAGUUAAUUAAUUGUAAAUGUGUAUAAUGUGUUCUUGUAUUUCAAAAUCAGAUCUUCACUUUGUGUACACAAACAUGCACACAAACAGGACUGCAUCUUAGUUAACAUUGUACAUCAGAUGUUAACUUUAAUACAAAUGUCUCAUUUGCUUUUUGACACACUAACGCAUAAAGAGUUUAAAAUAA